GAGAUCUUUUGCGCAAUCAGUCGUCUAUCUUGCCCCGCGACGUUCACUUCUGAAGGAGUGUUUCAUAUGAUUAUGAGGAAACUCAAGCUACAACGACUCUAGUUUACCCUUACGAAAACAAUUCGCGGCAAUUGAAGAUGCACCCUCGCAGGCUUAAACUCGUAUACUUAGCGGAAAGUUACCAAUGACAACUUUUUCGGCGACGACAUUUGAAAACUACGAGCAGAAAAAGUGAAUUGUGAGAUAAGCUUCAUCUCCUUGUCUAUCACUGCAUCACACGACACGCUACUUCUACUCAUCUCCAUCCCACUUUAGUAGAGUUACAUCCCUCGACCGCCGGAACAAAAAUGCCGCAAGCCCAAGACGUUUUCUUUGCCGGCCGGUCCGACAAGAAGAAGCCGAUGCAGAAGCAAGCCUGCCAUGCAGAAACAGCUACAGAAGUGGACGAAGCUACGACUCAACAAACCGACAAGGGCAUCAACGCGACAGAGCAAGUGGAUGAACCAAAAGCGAAAGUCCCCACAACUUCCAUCUUCGGAUCAUCUGGCACCAGCAAAAAGAACACGACAACAUCAUCUUCAGAACGAGCUGACGAGAAGCCAGGAAACGAACUCAACAACGUAGGCGCGGGGCUAUUGAAAUUAGCAGCAGAAUUUAACAACGGUGAAGAUAGCAGCAGCGAGGACGAAGAAGAUCCCGACGGCGAAGAUGAUAGUGAGGAAGAGGAUGUUGACGACUCAGAAGAAGAAGACUGCUCCGACGACGAUGAAGAAGAAGAAGAAGACAACGUGGAGGAGCUUCUGAAACAGCUUACCAACGACGAGAAGAAGCAACAGGGGCAGGACCUGCUGAAGCAGAAAGAUUUCGAAAAUGCUUUGGUUUUCCUCGAGGACAUGGAAGAAAGUGCGCAAAGCGUUUUGGUGUUGUUGCAGAUUUUGUCUUGCUACUUCGGUAUCGAGGAGCAGGCGAAAAAAGAUGAGGAGCUCGAGCCUUUGGGGGAAGAAGAUUGGCAGGACGUGGUGAAUUACAGUGAGCGGAUCAUCGAGACUACUAGUACUACAAGCAGUAUGAAAAUCAAGCCCGCAACCCCGAAGCAACUGGUGAAAGCUUUUUUCUACCUGGGGAGUGCGCACUCCGCUUUGGAAGAUUUCGAAAAUGCGGUGGAAAUUCUGCAGAAGGCGCUGAAACAGGACAAGGUCGCGAAUGGGGAGUUGUUGGCCCCGUUGAUCCAAGUGGAACUGACGAAGGCGAAGAAACAGCUGGACCAAAUGCUGCGAGUGAAAAAGAAGGAAUUUUUCAAGACAGAAGAGGAAAAGCGGAAAUUGGAACGAAGGAAAAUCAGCGGGAAGAAAGCCUUUAACCCACACUGCCUGAAGCACUGAUUUGGAAAAUUUUUUUUUCUCGGGGGGUCAGAAAAAGAAAAAGUAGACGGCUACAAGGGAGUUGUCCAACACCACCCCCGCGGUUUCUUUCUUGACAAUGACUUCUAGAGAAGAUCACGCACCUACCAUUUGGCUCAGGUUCUCGCAUCGAAAAAGAUAAAGAAAAAGCGUGUAGCAGUACGGUGGGGCAAAUUAU